AUGGCCACUUCAUUUGCCGAUGGUGAUGCGGGGCCAUUGGAUGACUACUUUCGGGAUGAAGGUGAUGAUACUCCGAAUUCUGUCACCAAGAAAGGUCAAAAUCUAAGUAUGCAGAUGGAGAUGGAACAUCUUAUAGACCAAAUGGAUGAAUCUGGUGAUAUAACAUUGGUGAAUCAAUCUUCUCCUAUCAAAGGAUGGACAGGUGUGCUGCCUAAUACUGGAGGACCGAGUAACAAUAUUCUUGUCCCAGGAAAAUUCCCUUCUCCGAAUCGAAUGACAUUUGAAGUUGAAUCAUUCGCAGAGAGGUUCAAAUAUCUCAUUUGCUCUUCUGGUCUGUUAGAAAAAGAUCAUGUCCCCGCUUCGAUCGUUGGAUUGGAUACUGAUUCACCUUUAGAAGAUCAAGCGAAUCAUACGGAUCAGUGGGAUAUUCGAAAGGUCUGGUUGGCAAAUGGAAAAGAGAGAUGGGAUCUAUUAUUAGCUGGAAUGGCCCUGCUACUGGGACUUAUUCUGAGUCUAGGGGUCCUCAAGGUGCUAGGAUUUGGAGUAAUGGUGCUAAUCGGCGUAGGAUGGUAUAAUGUUGUUUAUACGAAAUCAUCAGACAAAUCAGCAGUCGUCGUCGCACCAAUCUCUUCAACCGUCGACACGCCUCAAUCACAGGCUCUCGAUUCUCUCAUCAAGUUCAUAUCUCACUCUCAUGCUCUCAAUACCACCCUCUCCACAUCGUUAUCACUCCUUGACCCAUACCCAUACAAUAUCCAUACUCAUCACUCACUUCGAGUAACGCUCUAUCGACUAACGGGAAAUAUGACAGACCAUCUUGCCACAGCUACAUCCACUCUCCUUGAACUGACAGAUAGAAAGGAAUUAGCAGUCUUGGGUGAGAUGUAUGAUAUUCCAGUCGUUGGAUCAUUUUUUUAUUCACGUAGAAAUCGAAAUAUAUCAGACACCUCAAGUGAAGAAGGAGAAGCAGAAGGAUUACUACAUCAAUCUCAAAUUGAUAAACCGAGAUCUACCAAAAGACCUGAAAUACCUCAUCGACCAAAAUCGAAUCCUUCUCCUACAAGACAGACUCAACAAACAUCUUCAGGGCCCACUUGCACCUCAUCAUCACCUUUAAAAGCAUUAUAUACCCAUCGAUCGUCAUUCUCAUCGCCGAAUCAUCGGCAAGAUAGAUUUACUCAGAUACCCGAUAGGACUCCCAGGCUUUCCAAGAGAGCAAGUGUUGAGAGAUUGAGGGAUACUUGGUCUCAUUCUCCUAGACCUGAGAGACCCUAUUACGAGAGACGUAUCACGGAAGCUGAUGAGGAGGAAGAAGAGGAUGAGGAAGAUGAGGGAAAGGAAGAGGAAGAAGCAGAAGCAGAAGCGGAAUGGAAUAACUCAAGAUCUUCCGAUCAAUCAAUGUCAAGUGAUGAUACGCCAACUUUUAUCGUCAAUCCAAAUUACGACAAGGAAAGCGAGAUAACGUCACCUAAAUCACCGGGUUUAGGAGUUACGAUACCUCGUACGCCAACAUUGACUCAGGGAACACCAAGAGGUACUUCAUCUCCAUUUCAACAUAUACCUUCACCCCUUUCCCGACGUCUUUCAAGCGCAAGUGAACGUCUUCAACCUUUACGCACCGCAUCAUUAGUCACUCCUUCAAGAUCAGUCCCUGGCUCGACAACCCUUCUCCCUUCUCCUUUUGAUAGAGAACCACCUCCUUCCUCUGCUCCUUUACGGGCAGCGUUAUCUCUAGAUCCAGUCUCAAUACCUCAUUCGAAACGAAGGAGUUUACAGAACAUGCCAUAUUAUCAUUCUUCUGAUGAUGAUAAUGAAACCACAAGCCAAAAUCAGAUGUUAAGUUCCUCAGGAUUGACAAGAACUAGAUCAAUGCCUUUAUCAGAUUUACAAGCCUUGAGAUCAGCUUCUACUGCAGGAGGAAGUAAAUCUAGAAGAUCAUCUUUUAAUCCUUCAUAUCCAGGAUCAUCUGGUGCUGCCACAGGCUUAGGAAUAGGAAUUGGUUAUCCCAGUUCCUUCACACUACCAUCACCGUCCCCAUCUGCAUCAAUGUCCAUCUCCAUGAUUAACAAGAGAUCAAGUUUAAAUACAUCACCGCCACCUUCACCCAACCCUUCGUUCGAUUUAAGAAGGGUAGAAAGUCUCUCUCCACUGACUGUACCAGCGUUAAAAGCUAGUUGUUUAGGAAUGCAUCUGAAAAGAAGAAGAUUGGCGUGUUGUUUAUUAGGUCUGAAAUUUGGUGAAGAUGACACAUAUUGGAAAGAAGUCAAGUCGGUCUUGGAUAAUUUGAUAAAAGGAAUGUUGGAAGAAAAACAUUUAUUGGAAACACUCUCUAAAGAAAGCGAAGUUCAAGACAAGGUUUUUAAGUCUAGGUCACCACAGGGAACAAAAUCUAUCUCAACUUCAGAAAUUUCAGAAACGAAUCGAUGGUCUGCAGAAUCGAUUUUCCCAUUCAUCAGAAAUGAUUUUGCGCCUAGAACAAGUAGCGAAGCCAAUCUAAUGGAUCACAUCGAUAGACUUGGUUUAGCUUUGACCGAAACGUGGAAAGAACUAUCAUCCACAAGAGCAAACUUGACGAAUGGAGAAAUGGUUAGUAUGCUUGAAUGGACGAAAAUAAGGGGCAAAUUAGGUGAUAUAUUUAGAGAGUGGGAAAGGGGGAAAGAUGUUUUAAACGAUAUCUACUCGCAACUUCAACCCCAGUCUCAAGACGAAGCUGACGAUACAUUCAAUCAAGCUAAUUCAAAGAAAGAACAACAGGGAGAUAGUGAAAGUAGAGAAGAUUCACCUAUACCUGAUUUUAUCAAAUCUUGGAAUGCUUUAAAAGAAGAAAAUAAUUCAGUUCAAAAUGAUCAUGAUACGUCGCUUGAUCAACGAAAUGGUGAUGCGUCGCAUCAACAAGGUGAAAUAACCGAACUCUUGCCUCCUGUAGGUAGAGAUAUGAUCUUUGAAGCUACUUCAUUACCCCUUUCAGAAGAGAAGACUCUACUUUCCACAUUGAGUAGAGAAGAAAGAAUUAAGUUGUCUAAAGAAGCUAGAGGUAAGGGUAUAUCUUUGAAAGAUUUACUUGGAUCCCAGAGUGGACAAGAUGGAGAUAAGAUGGUACAGGAAGAGAUGAGGAAGAAAGGUGGAUUGGUAGUUGAUGAAUUAAGGAAUGUCAUUGGAAGUAUAAGGAAGCUUAAAGGAGGUGAAAGUGAUGAUAGAGCGGUUGAAAACGAGGAGGUGAAAGUAGAAGAAGAUGAAAGUUCUGAGAUCAAGAUUGAUCGACUUCAAUAUCAAGAGAAUCUGACUAUUUUAAGGCCAUUAUGGGAUAACAUGAAUAUCGUCAAUGUUAAUGGAACGAACAGUCUGACAAGUGAUACACGAAACUCGAUUCAGACGACCAUACAGGACGGAUCAAAUGACCUCGACACAGAAUUCUGGGAUGGUAAUGAUGUCAAGAAAUACGAUAUGGACGUUGAACAGAUACCGUUCGAGGCAAGCUCAAAUGGACACAUGAAUGCAACUGCAAACGACAACGAUGUUAUGAAUGGCAACCACGAAGACGUUGAACGAAAUGAGAUUGAUGGCAAUCAUGAAACGAUAUCACGUACGCAUCCGAUUUCAAACAAUCCCUUCGCGUUGGAUCUAGGAGAAUUACAAAAGAAUCUUAGGUCGAAGGUAGAAAACGGGAAGAAUCAUGAAGAUGACGUUAUAGAAUAA